ACAAAAAGCACCAACAUUAAAAAUAGUGCAAGCUUUAUUCAAAUCAUCAUUUGGCACUGAAUCAGUUAUCUUUGAAUUUGGUAUUCUCCUCAUCAAUUUAAUUUUCAAUAUCGGAAAGUGUAUAACCACCUCACUACAAUCCAAUAUUAAUAUUUGUAAAACACUGUAAAUAUAUGCCCUUGUAAAUAUAUACAAAUUGUAAAAUUACCCAAAGUCUGAAAUUGUAAAUUGAAUAUAAUUGACCAUGACCUUAUCAACUCAAAUUAAUUGUAAUCUGAUGGAAGAACAAUAUGAAAAGAAAAUGGGAGAAGAACCAAUUGUCUUACUGAAUAUGAAUCCUUCCACUAACAAGCAAGAACCAUGUCUUGUUGAUUAUGAAGAAGAGAAUUUACUGGUAGAAAAUCAAAGGCUUGAAAAUUUGGUUAUUGAUAAUAUUUCAACUGCAACCAUACAACCAGCCAACAAUAGUCAACAAGAUGAAGAAGUAGACUUUGAGUCUUUGCAACCUUCCGAUGAUUUGUUUUGUCCAAUAAGUGAUAUAAUAAUGGUAGAGCCCUAUUUGGCUGGAGAUGGAAGAACAUAUGAGAAGGAACUGAUUAGUCAAUGGUUGAUAAAUCACAAUUCAGAGUCUCCAUUCACUAGAGAGAAUAUUGGAACUCAAACUAUUGAGAAUGUUCAUAUUAAGAAUGAAAUUCAACGAUUUUUUGAGAAUUUGAAACAUUCCAAAGUUUGUCCUUUCCAAUAUCACUUGUCCAAUGAUGUGUUUCUUCCUUGUAAUUCUGUGGUUGAGUUUCAAUGGGCUGUUGUUAAUAAGGAUAGAAAUUUGGCAAGAGAAAUUUAUCAGAAUGAUGUGAGAUUGUUGCUCUAUUCACCUGAAAUGUUAAGCGAAUUGGUAAAUUACAAUAUAAGCCAAUUGACCAAGCCAAAUAAGCUUUGUAAGAAGACUCUGAUUGACUAUACUCUGAAUGGCUAUGAAUUGGCAUGUAAGCUAGGUACCACAGAGAUGGUAGAGGAAAUGUACAUGUUCCUAUUGGAGUCCAGACUGCAGAGAAACAUUCCACCACUUUUGAAUGACCUGACACCAAACCAAAACAUUAACAGAAUUGUUCUCAACAAGGCACUCACUGAAGAAAUCAGAAGAGAGACUAUUGAUUUGGAAAAGUUGAGAAGACUGAUUGAAUUUGGAGCCCAACCUCACAAGUACGAUAUUAAUGGGAGAAAUGCAAUCUAUGUUCUUUUAUCGUGUCAAGACAAUGUUGAGGCAUUCAAAGUUCUCUUUGAAAAUAAUUACAAGCAAUACUUGAUUCGAGAAAAAUCAAACCCUAACGAAUACUUCCUCUACUCUGCCACUAAAUUUAACAGAUCCAACAUUGUAAAAUAUAUAAUGACUAACUAUCCUAACGAUUUUGACUUUGCCAUUCAACAUGGAGCCUGUUUUGAGUCCCCUCUUCAUGCUGCAGUAAGAAAUAACAAUGAAGAGUUGCUUUCAUUCCUUCUUAGUCAACCUAAUGUGGGCGUGGACACUUUGGACAAGAAUAACCGUUCGCCAUUCAUGUUGGCUUGUAAAUUGGGGUUAUUCUCUGUGACUAAACUUCUCUACAGCUAUGGAGCUCAAAUAGAUUUAUGUGAUGAUGAAUUAGAAACUGGCUUACAUUAUGCAGCUGAGAGAAAUUGGUGCCCAAUCAUUGAGUUACUGAUUUCCAAUGGUGCAGAUGUCAAUUUUAGAAACAAGAGAGGUCAAACACCUUACAGUGUUGCAUCUUACGAAACUACAAGGAAUCUCAUUCAUUAUCUCUCUGCCAGACAAUUGAAUUUUGUUUUCAAGCAUGUGAGGAGAGUUGAACAGGAGAAUUUAUUCCUCAAAUCUCAAUUAGAAAUGCUUCUUGAUAGAGUUUCAAAAUUAGAAAACAAACAAUAAACUAACAAAUGUGUGAUU